AUGUUGCAAGCCAUACCGUACGAGCUGGCGCUGACGAUUCUGCACCACCUCGACCACCUUUCAGACCUUCUGGCCGUCUACAACACAUGCCAGCGACUCCGACAAGUUGCAUGCGACGAAACAUUAUGGAAACCCCAUCUAAACAAACGAUACAAGGCUGAAAACCGCCCUGAAGCCACGGGCGAGUACAGAGACGAAAUGCUGCGCCGCCUGAAUACGGAGUCUGUGAUUCUCAACGUUCUGGAACGAAUCCCGGACUCGUCAGCGUCCGAGUGGAUGAACCUGUUCAAGAUGGCCUUCAACCUCGGAAAAAUGUGUGUUUACCCGCUGACGCAGGUGGCACAGACCCACGACAACAUCUGUGCUCGGUGGACUGCUAUGCAGCUGCUGCACUCCAUGAAACAUUGCGCUGGCAUCACCCGUUUGACCAGUGUGAAUAGCAAGCAGUUGAUGAAAGGUAGCGAUGUGACCCACGUCUUUGCCAUGUUCCACUGUUUCACCGACUCGUAUCUGGGUCAUAAUUUGGCGGAAAACUGCGACCGUGUCGACUUUCCCGACCUCCAGGGUAUCACAACUUCAGAUCAGGAACCCACACGGGUUUUGCUGGAACAGCUACUGGCAGCUAAUGCCGAUCUGUGUGGCGUUCCUCCUCGAAACACCUUCACGGCGGACUUCCGAAGUCUCUCAAACCACUACAUCCACGACAUUUUGCAUAAAGACCAUGUCUAUGGUAUUCCAUUAACUCGAGCUAUCAUCUUCUGCAAGUAUUGUUCCGAUUAUGGACUUGAAGCGCACCCUUUGUUAUUUCCAGCAGAAGUUUUGGUGCGAGUGAACGACAAGGGCACGGGGUCUCGGUUCUUUGUGGUUGAUGUGUACAGACGAAACCGAAUCUUGACACACAGCGAAGUUCUGGCCCUAGUACCGGAAAAUGAAGAUGUAGGAGCCCCCACGCUGCGAGACACCCUGGUACGAAGUAUGAUGAACCUGCAGGCGAGUUUGGAGGUGAACGUGAGAAGAGGAGUGCCUUCUCCGACUGAGUGUUACUACCUGAUGUACACUCUGAUGGCAGCUUUUAUGCCACAGCACAUGGACAGCACCCGCAAGACACAGCUCCAAGUGUUUCUGCGUAAAUAUUACCCUCUGGACGUGCUGGUCAUGUUGAAGGACAUUAACCGAGUGUUUGCAACCGACAGCACAGAGGUGACGCUUCUGGAACAGUUGGAUCCAGUUCUACGAACGGUCAAGUCUCGAGACUCACACAGUAAGCAUGUCAAUCUCUAUGUCGGUCAGGUGGUGCAUCAUACUCGUCUGGAUCUCUAUGGCAUUGUCGUUUCGUGGUUUGUGAAUUCCGAAACAGCUUAUGAAGAAACAGCUCAGAUUCCCAACCGAGAGAUCGACGUGGGCAUGGAGGAGUCAGAGGCAUACUACCAGGUGGUGGUCGAUGGAGUUGGGGAAAAGAGGGUGUUUGCAGAGUCCAAUCUGGUGGUUGUGGACGAGACUUCAGGGUUGGACAUCAUGGACACAUUCUCGCAUCUCCAUGGACUGUGUCUCAUGUUCAGGGGAUGGAAUAAGGAGGAGUAUCGCUUUGAGAUGACCGAGGUAAUGAAGAGGUGUUAUCCGGGCGAUGCAAAACACUUCUGA